AUGCUUGAGCCCACACCGAUGGCUGGGGACAGUAGAACCAUCCGGUCCUCUGAUGUGCUGGUUGGUCGACGUGGGGCCACCACUGUCGCAAGCAAGUAUUGGCAGGCCACAUAUCAUGCCUUCCACUGGUCCAAUUCCGAAGUGUUCGUUAGCUGGGAUGAGAGUGUAGAUCGAGCCUGCAGUAAAGCUGAACGCUUGGUGGUGGUAAAGUUUAAGAAGAACAAUAUAUCCGGCUCAUUCGGAAUUAUCUUCGGGACCGACGGUACUGCUCCGCGGGACUGCAAUGGGGUGAUGAUAUUACCAACCAGUAAGAAGCAGCCUCACAUCUGA